GUAGUUGAGAAGGAACUCUUACCAAACGGGGCCGCCCUCGAUGUGGCUGAUAACAAUAAAGAGGAGUUCAUCUCGUUGAUGGUGAAAUGGCGGGUUGAACGAGGCAUUCAACGUCAAUCGCGGGCUCUCUUACGAGGACUGCAUCAGAUUAUUGAUCGCGAUUUUUUGCGAGUGUUCACUGUCGAUCAGGUUGAAUUGGUCCUGUCAGGUUCUAGAGAAAUUGAUCUAGAGGACUGGAGGAAGAAUACGGAGUAUAGGGGUGGUUAUUUUGACGAACAUGUGGUCAUCGAAUGGUUUGGGAUCGUGUUGCUCAAAUGA